AUGGAUGCAGAUGUGGAAGAGAAGCUUUCAACUGUUCAACUUCGGGACUUGAUAGAGAUGAUAAGAAAUGCAGAAAAAAAUAUUCAUCUUCUCAACCAAGCUCGAAUUCGCGCACUUGAAGAUCUUGAAAAGAUUCUUGAAGAGAAGGAGGCUUUGCAAGGAGAAAUCAACAUUCUGGAAAUGAGACUGGCAGAAACUGAUGCACGGAUCAGAGUUGCUGCACAAGAAAAAAUACAUGUGGAACUACUGGAAGACCAGUUGGAAAAGUUGCGAAAUGAGCUUUCUAGUAGGGGUGGCAGUGAAGUAGAUAGACAUGAUGUGGCUGGUGUAAUUCCUUUUUCUCUUGAUAAAAAUGUCUAUUCUAUUAGUGAGGAACUUGAUUUGUUGCGGGCAGAAAAUAUGUCCCUGAAGGAGGAUUUACAAGUGCUCAAGACAGCGUUCGGCAAUGUCAAGGGAACAGAUGAACGUGUGGAGAUGUUGGAGAAAGACCGCUCUUUUUUGGAAUCUUCUCUGAAAGAGUUGGAGUUUAAACUUGGCGUUUCUCAAGAAGAUGUUUCAAAAAUUUCUACCUUGAAAUCCGAAUGCAACACAUUAUACGAGAAGGUAGAACAUUUGCAAUCAUUGCUGGAUAAAGCAACUAAACAGGCGGAUCAAGCUAUUUUGGUGUUACAACAAAACCAGGAGCUCCGGAAGAAGGUUGAUAGGCUGGAGGAAUCUCUUGAAGAGGUUAAUGUCUAUAAGUUAUCAUCAGAAAGAUUGCAACAGUAUAAUGAAUUAAUGCAGCAGAAAAUAAAACUUCUGGAUGAACGUCUUCAAAGGUCUGAUGAAGAGAUACAUUCGUAUGUACAGUUAUAUCAAGAUUCUGUGAAGGAAUUUCAAGAAACACUUAAUAGUUUGAAAGAAGAAAGCAAGAGAAGAGCAUUGGAUGAACCUAUGGAUGACAUGCCUAGGGAAUUUUGGAGUUGUUUAUUGCUUACAAUUGAUGGUUGGUUCCUUGAGAAGAAAAUUUCGGCAGACGAUGCAAAGCUGUUGAGAGAAAUGACGUGGAAAAGAGAUCGGCGAAUUUAUGAUGCAUACAUGUCAUGCAAAAAAAAGAAUGAGCGUGAAACUAUUGCUGCUUUUCUCAGACUUACAUCAUCCCCAACGACUAGUCCAGGAUUGCAUAUCAUUCAUAUUGCAGCUGAGAUGGCACCAGUUGCUAAGGUUGGUGGUCUGGGGGAUGUCGUGACUGGUCUUGGUAAAGCGCUGCAGAAGAGAGGACACCUUGUGGAAAUUGUUCUUCCCAAAUAUGAUUGCAUGCAAUAUGAGCAAAUUCGUGACUUAAAGGCAUUAGAUGUGGUGGUAGAGUCAUAUUUCGAUGGUCAAUUAUUCAAAAAUAAAGUUUGGGUUGGCACUGUUGAAGGCCUUCCUGUCUAUUUUAUUGAGCCUCAUCAUCCGGGCAAUUUCUUCUGGAGAGGACAGUUUUAUGGGGAGCAUGAUGAUUUCAAACGUUUCUCAUUCUUUAGCAGGGCAGCCCUUGAGUUGCUUCUUCAAGCCGGCAAGAAACCAGACAUAAUUCAUUGCCAUGAUUGGCAGACAGCUUUUGUCGUAUGGAUGAUUUGGUUCUUAGUAGCUAUUUUUCCUUUCUUUUGUUCCUAACA